GCGGCUCCCAAGAUGGCGGCGGGUGCGUGAGCGGGGCAGUCGGGGAGGCCCGGCGGGAGCGCGGCCGCCGCCGCCAUGAAGGGCAAGGAGCGCUCGCCCGCUAAGGCCAAGCGCUCCCGGGGCGGCGAGGACUCGGCGUCCUCCUCCUCCUCCUCGCGCGGCAGCAAGAAGCCGAGCGGCUCGUCCGGCGGAGGCGGCGGCUCCAACGGCGGGAAAGCGGCGGCGGCGUCCGGCGAGAGCAACAGCGGGAGCGGCCGGCGCGGCGCCCACGCGGACAAGGGCGGCCGCGCCGGCAGCCGCGAGUACGAGAGCGGUUCGGCAGCGGCCGCGGGCGGCGGGGGCCGGCACGGCUAUAGCGGUAAAACCGCGGAGGCGUCGCGAAGCAGCAGCAGCCGCGGCGGUGACUCGCGAGCGGCCGCCGCCGCCGCCUCCUCCUCCUCCUCCUCGUCGGAGCCGGGCGGCGGCGAGUACAAGACGCUGAAGAUCAGCGAACUGGGCUCGGCGCUGAGCGACGAGGCGGUGGAGGACGGGCUUUUCCACGAGUUCAAGCGCUUCGGCGACGUGAGCGUCAAGAUCAGCCGGCUCCCGCCCGGCGCCGGCGCCGCCGACGAGCGCGUGGCCUUCGUCAACUUCCGCCGGCCCGAGGACGCGCGCGCCGCCAAGCACGCCCGCGGCCGCCUCGUGCUCUACGACCGCCCGCUCAAGAUCGAGGCCGUCUAUGUCGGCGGAGGCAGCGGCCGCCGGCGCAGCAGCCGCUCCCCGGCGCUGCUGGACAAGGAGUCUCCCUAUGGCACGGCGGCGGUCGGAGCGGUGGCAGCCGCCGUGCGGCACCCGCCGGCCGGGGCCGCGCAGCGGGCGCUGUCCCCAGCGGGCAGCGGUGGAGCUUUGGGAUACCGGGACUACCGGCUGCAGCAGCUCGCCCUGGGCCGGCUCCCGCCGCCGCCGCCGCUGCCGAGGGAGCUGGAGAGGGAGCGGGACUACGGCGGCUUCUACGAGGCGCGGGUGCGGCCGGCCUACGGGCUGGAGCGCGUGGCCGGCGUGGCGGCAGCCGGGGGAUUCCGUGGAGGAGGAGGAGGAGGUGCCGGAGCGGCUGCUGAGGAGGAGAUCAGCCCUGAGGAUGACCAGAGAGCCAACCGCACACUGUUCCUGGGCAACCUGGACAUCACCGUGAGCGAGUCGGACUUGCGGCGAGCGUUUGACCGUUUUGGGGUCAUCACUGAGGUGGACAUCAAGAGGCCGGGGCGUGGGCAGACCAGCACCUAUGGGUUUCUUAAGUUUGAGAAUCUGGACAUGGCGCACCGGGCCAAGUUGGCCAUGUCAGGGAAGGUGCUGCUGCGCAACCCCAUCAAGAUCGGGUACGGGAAAGCCACCCCGACCACCCGGCUCUGGGUGGGCGGCCUGGGGCCCUGGGUGCCCCUGGCUGCCCUGGCCAGGGAGUUUGAUCGGUUUGGCACCAUCCGCACCAUCGAUUACCGCAAAGGGGAUUCCUGGGCCUAUAUCCAGUACGAGAGCCUGGACGCGGCGCAGGCAGCCUGCACCCACAUGCGGGGGUUCCCCCUGGGGGGGCCGGAUCGCCGGCUCCGCGUGGACUUUGCCGACACGGAGCAUCGGUACCAGCAGCCCUACCUGCAGCCCCUGCCCUUGCCGCCCCCGGCUCAUUAUGAGCUCGUGGCGGAGGCGGCUGCUUUUGGGGCUCACCGGGGAGCCCCCCCUGACCCUCUGCGGGGGGCCCGGGACAGGACGCCACCGUUGCUCUAUAGAGACCGUGACAGAGACCUUUAUCCUGAGACAGAGUGGGUGCCCCCGCCGCCCCCUGUGCGGGACCGGAGUAAUCGGGCAGCUGCCUAUGACCCACUGGAAAGCCUGGAGCGCCGCCGGGAUGGGUGGUCCUUGGAGCGGGACCGCGGGGAGAGGGAGCUGGGCAGUAGCAGUAGGGAUCAGCCUAGGAAACGGAGACUGGCGGAGGAUGGAGGCCGGCACUUGGACCGUUCCCCUGACAGCGAGCGCUCCUCUUCCUCCCGAAAGCGCCACUGCUUGGCCACGACCUCUCCCCCGGACCGCAGCCCCGAGCUCCUCGGAGGCCGGGAGCGUUACAGUAGUGACCCUGAGCGCUCGUCCCGCUUGCUCCUCUUGGAGCGACCUUCCCCCAUCCGGGAGUCCCGCCGGGGCAGCCUGGAGCGGGGGCAGAACGAAAAGCGCGACCGCAAGAAUUCCGCAGAGCGGGAGCGCAAGCAUCGCUCCGCCGCUGCCGCCCAGGAGUGCAAAAGUCCGGCCAAAAAGGACGAGCGGGCGGCGGAGGGAGGUGGAGGAGGCUCCCGGCUCAAACCUCCUCCCCAAAAACAGCAGCAGGAUGGAGCAGCGCAGGCCGGGGCAGCGCCCAAGCUGUGCUUGGCUUGGCAGGGGAUGCUCCUGCUGAAGAACAGCAACUUCCCGUCCAACAUGCACCUGCUCCAGGGGGACCUCGGAGUCGCCAGCAGCCUCUUGGUGGAGGGAGCGACGGGGGGGAAAGUGGCUCAGCUCAAGAUCACCCAACGUCUCCGUCUGGACCAGCCCAAGUUGGACGAGGUCAACCGGCGCAUCAAGGUGGCGGGUCCCAACGGAUACGCCAUCCUGCUGGCCGUGCCCGGCGCCUCCGACAACCGCUCCGCAGCCGGGGCUGCCGAGGCCGCCACCACCUCCACGCAGAGGCCGCUCAGGAAUCUGGUGUCCUACCUAAAGCAAAAGCAGGCUGCUGGGGUGAUCAGCCUCCCUGUGGGGGGGAACAAAGACAAGGAGAACAGCGGGGUCCUGCACGCCUUUCCGCCCUGCGACUUCUCCCAGCAGUUCCUGGACUCCACGGCUAAGGCGUUGGCCAAAUCAGAGGACGACUAUCUGGUCAUGAUCAUUGUCCGUGGGGCAUCCUAAGGCCCUCGUGUUCUGUUCCCAACCCUGCCUACUCCUCCAUGCAGCCCCUCCAGCGUGUGCCAGGUGCUAUGGGAUACAGCCUUAGCCAGCCCUGUCGUUAUUUUAAAUAGAUCUUUGUUUGUAGGUGACUUUCCUGGGCCGAUUUUCUGUUACUACAUUUUUCUAUAAAGAUAGAAGCCAGAGAGGUUGGUUAGGAGUAGCGUGAAUAGGAUAUUUUGAGAAUUCCCUAUCAAUGGGGACAGCAGGGAGGCUCAGCCUGCUUUGAUUUACAGAAAAUAGAAAAAUAAUAAAAACUGAGGGUGGGGGGGAGGGGGAAAAGAAAAACUCCUGUCUUCUUAAUUUAGAUUCAUGUCCUUUUUUCAUUUCAUGUAUUUUAAAGCAAGUCCCAAGAGCUCGUCCUCGAGAGAGCUCCAAACUGAACAGACCAGAUUUAAAGCACUCAGUGGAAAUGGAAAACCAUAACUUAAAUAACAGACUGGUGUCACCUCCUCUUUUGGGUCCUUGAAAUUCCGUGUGGGCCUCAGGCCAGGGGCCCUUUGGGAUCCCUUCCCUCGGGAGCCGCAGUGGUUUCCCCGUUGAGUCGCGUGGCUCAAGGUCGACGUUUUUCAGGUGAGCAGCAGCUGCUCUCGGGUACACAGCAGAACACUGAAUUCCUUUUUGGAAAGGGAUUCCUUUUUCAUCCAGCCCCCCCAGGUGCAUGCACUGAAACUGGGCUUUUUUAACAGGUGUGUUUCCCUGAUUUCCUGGUGUAUCCCAUAUGUGCACUUUGGGUUUGUAGCAGUGACUAGGUUUGGUGAAGAGCUGAGGACUUUGUUGCAAACCAGGAAUGUCUUGUGCUCGCUCUGGUGUGCAGGAAACAAGGAGGUGCUUUUAGGAGAACUUGAGUUAUAUUGUGGGGUUUUGGUUUUACUGCCUUUUUUUUUGUUUUGUUUUGUUUUCCAAGAGUUGCAGGUUCAGUGGGGUCUGGUUCCACAAUGCAAACUGAGCAACAAAUCUGGUGGACUGCAGAAGACAACCGCAUGGGAUACCAAGCUCUAAUGGACCUUUGGGAAGAGAAGCUGUGGCUUAUGUGGAAUUUACAUGGGCCUCCUGGUGGAAGAAAGCUUAUCUGUUUAGUAUUUGUGCAUUUUACUAAAAUGGCAGCUUUAAAAAAAAAAAAAAAGUUGUGUAUCUGCUAUUGUGAUGCCAAUGCCCGUGUUUUAAGUGGAAAAAAAAAUGACCUCUUUGCUUUGUGCUGUGUACACAAGAUUGCUGGAAAAGUAAAGGAAUACCCUUUUUAUGGCUCACACAGCUUAAAAGUAGCUGUCACUCAAACAUGCGCUCACAGUUGAGCUGAUUUUGUUUCAUUCUAAAUAAAUUGUUUCUUUUGAGGAAAA